AAUAUCAAGUUAUCUAUUUCACCAAACCUGAUUUCUAGAGCCGCUGGAAAAACAAAAAAAAUGGCAGCAUCUAUUCUACUCCUAUGUUUUCGAUUUGAAUAAUAGAAAAAACAUACUUAUUAGGGUUUGCUUCUUGAGCUUUAAUCAAUCUCUCUCCUUAUUCUCUCCCCAUUAAUCCUAUUACGCACCUGAUCAUAUCAAAACAUUGAUUAUCCCCAAUUCAAUUUGAAGAUUUCUAUCUCAAUUACAAGCUUGCUGAGUUGAACUCUUCGCAAUUUAUAAUUUUGUUGAAUUCACGUUCAGAAUUGAUCAAUCAAGAUGCCGAAUUUUUUGUCAACAUUGAGAGCAGUUGGGAGGAGCAGAUUAUUGCGGCAGAACAAUAUUAAACCAUUAAUCCGACAUCGGAAUCAUACAAUUAAUUUGGGAGAGAUUGGAAAUUAUGUUUCAGUUCGAUGUUUGAGCAGCAUUGCUGGAAUUGAUUGCUUUUCUUCUAGAAAUUUAAUUCAUCGUCCUAGGAAUUUCUUCAUUCCAUAUGAGAAAUUGCAGAGAAGGUGGUUUUUGGGUUGUGGAGAUGGUGAAGAAGGAAGUGUUUUAUCAAAGGUGUACGAGGAAAAACUUGUAAUUGGGUACUCCCCUGAGCAGCUGUUUGCUGUUGUUGCAGCUGUAGAUUUCUAUGAAGAUUUUUUACCUUGGUGUCAAAGAUCAGAGAUAGUUCGGCAUCACCCUGAUGGAUCAUUUGACGCUGAAUUAGAGAUUGGUUUUAAGUUUCUGGUUGAGAGUUAUGUUUCACAUGUGGUUUUAGACAAGCCAAAGAUGGUUAAGACCACUGCAUCUGAAAGCAACCUUUUUGAACACUUGAUCAACGUAUGGGAAUUCAGACCAGGACCAACUCCAGAAACCUGUAACCUUUAUUUCUUGGUUGAUUUCAAGUUCCGUUCACCACUUUACCGACAGGUGGCAUCGAUGUUCUUCAGGGAGGUGGUAUCUCGAUUGGUCAGUUCGUUCACUGACCGCUGUCGUUUGCUAUAUGGCCCAGGAGCAACUAUUGAGCAAAGGGCGUAGGAUUUUGGAGUAAACUCGCCUUCAUCUUCAGCUCUAGUCCUUCGCUAGAAAUAUUGUGGCAUUAGUGCGUGAAACAAUGUAAUUCAGCAUCCCCAUUCUUAAUUAUUGUUAGUCUUAGAGUAGUUCAAGUUUGUAUAAAUGAGAAACACUUGAUCAUCUAAGAGUCCAAAUUGAGGCUUACUACGGGGUGUCAUCCUCUACUUCAGCUUCUGAGACUGGAACGAAGGGCUUUUUAAACAUGUACAUUCUUCCCUGAGGUCAAGUAUAAGAUAAAGCCAUGAUCGACUGAUUGGAGAUCAGAUAACGAAAUGAUGCAUGUACUGUCUCACUAGUUUUUACAGAAAAAUGAAUUUUCUAUAUAAUUAUGUAUAAAUAUCUUAAAUUCAUGUUA